UUUUGUGAUCAUCUGCUGCUGUCAGCACCCGACUGACAAACAAAAACCCGAAAGCAUAUUUGUAUGUUUUGACGGCCCUUCUUGUGUCUUGGAACUGUUCUCUUUUCUCAUCAUUUUCCUGUGUAUCUCACGAAUUCGGAUUCCCUCGAAUACUUCAAAUCGAGUCGACAUCAUCAACAAGUCAAUAAUUUGGCGAUACAGUCGAGGAUAAACACCCCCGCCAACCUAACUCUCAGCCUAACGCACGACACCUAACCCAGCGCGUUUCCCCUCCAUCCCCCGCACGACCUGAAUCGAUACAUACUGUAGAGUACAACGUCACAACGAACCGACCCACGAUCCGAGCACCACUACGUACCUUUUACUACUAAGUAACCUAGUCGUCGACGGCCGACAACAACAACUACAAAAAUAACAACAAGAUGGGUGUCGGUCGCGUGGUCUGUGUGGCCCUGCCAUUCCUGCUCACAGUAGCAUCGCUAGUAGCCCUCCUAGUAGGCGGCCUAGCAGGCGUCGCCGACAAGUCCAUGUACAUGUUCGAUGUCAACCUUUCCAAUUUCUCCAUCUCGCUCGCCGACGCCGGCGACCUCCUGAACCUGAACGAGUCCUCCAUCCUCAAGGCCGGCGCGCAGCAGAUUUUUGGCCGUGACGUCGAGGCGAUCACUAUCGACGACCUGACCAAGCGCGAUGAUUCCAACGGCGGCCUCACCAACCUGACGGCGUCCCUCCUCGGCUUCUACGACAUCUACGACAUCUCCCUCUGGGGCUACUGCACCACGGCCCACAACGGGACGCGCGAGUGCACCAAGGCCAAGUUCAACUGGGCCGAGGACGCGCUGAACGGCACGCAACAUGACAUCAACUCGCUGCUUACCCUCACGGGCCAGAACAUUACCCUGCCCAAGGAGGUCACGGACGCGUUCAAGACGUACGUCACGGCCAGCAAGUGGGCCCAGAUCGUCUUCAUCAUCGCCCUCGUCGCGCUCGUUGUCGAAAUCGUCUUUGGCAUCUUUGCCAACUGCUCGCGCGUCGUUUCGUGUCUUACGUGGUUGGUCGCCGGCAUCGCGGCCGUAGCCGUGUGCGGUUUCGCCGCCCUGGCCACCGGUAUCUCGGUCAUUGUCGUCGGCGCCGUCGAGACCGUGGCGGGCAAGUACAAUGCCGAGGGCGAGUUCAACAAGCGGUUCAUGGUGGCUAUUUGGGUUGCUGCGGCUUUUGCGCUGGCGUCCGCCUUCUUCUGGAUGUUCACCAUUUGCUGCUGCGCGCCUAGCUCUCAUGGUGGUCACUCCAGCAGGAGCAGCAGACGGAGUGUCGGCAUGGAGAAUGAGAAGCUUAUUGGUAGCCCGUAUCAGCCGGUGGGUGGGUUCCAUGCUCAUGGUGCCAAUGGCAAGCCGAGCCAGGGCUUCCUUGGAGGUGGUGGAUAUGCUAGCCAGCCGCAACAGCAGUAUGCUAAGCGCGAUAUGGCUUAUGAGCCUUAUUCCCACCAGAGGAUCUAAAGAGGAGUGGAGGAUGAAGGGGUGUGGAGGGUGGUGAUGGAGGAGCACACUUUUCUGGGUGCUGUUAUGACUCUCUCAGCGAGCAAAAGGUAUUUCUUACUUUGCUCGCUUUAUGACUUGGGGAUAUAUCUUUUAUGGGUGCAUUUACCGGCGUUUGGAAAACUAGAGUAAGAAG